CGCCACCGCUUUUCAUUAUUUACAUCCCGGUGUCGAUUGCUCAGGAGUAAAAGCCUCUGCUACGAUCGAACGACAAAGUGAAUACUGAUUUAGAAGAAAAAUGACUGCAUUUACAGAUAAAACUUCUGAGAUUGGAAAGCAGGAAUGGUUAGAAAAACUGGAAAACGUUCAUCUGCCACGUAUGAACAUGAAUCGUCUGGUGAUGAAUUAUUUAGUAACUGAGGGUUUCAAAGAAGCAGCUGAAAAAUUUGCUCUGGAAGCUGGUUUCAAAGCUCCAGCAGAAUUGGAGAGACUGGAUGAAAGAAUCAAAAUUCGUGACGCCAUUCAGGCUGGAAAGAUUCAAGAAGCAACAGCCUUGGUAAACCAGCUGCACCCAGAUCUACUUGAUUCCGAUAGAUACCUCUUUUUCCACCUCCAACAACAACACCUCAUAGAACUCAUAAGACAAAAGAAUAUAGAAGAGGCACUGAGAUUUGCACAGGAACACUUGGCUGAACGGGGAGAACAGAAUCCAGCCAUUCUAGGAGAAUUAGAACGAACCUUGGCACUUUUGGCAUUUGAUGACCCGGAAAAAUCCCCAUUCGGUGAUUUGCUCCACCCUUCACAUCGCCAGAGAGUUGCAAGUGAGCUGAAUGCGGCUAUCCUCAAAGCGGAGCAUCGUGAAUCAACUACACCUCAACUUGUUUCCUUGAUGAAAUUGGUUAUGUGGGCUCAAGACCAGCUUGAUCAGAGAAAAGUUAAAUAUCCGCGACUAACGGACUUGGCACGCGCCACACUGGAUGACCCGAAGUAAUUGAAAAUUGUUACAGCGUCAGCCACCUCGUCCCAGUUGUUGUUUGUUCUCUCCCAUCGACAAAGUAUCUUCACAAAUCUCUCUUUAAUCAAAUGAUGCAUCGGAAUACAGAAACGUUAAAACAUA